AGAGAGAGAGAGAGAGAGAAAGAGAGAGCGAACCGCAAGGAGGAAAGGAAAAGCAAGCAGCUCGCCGGAGCCCCUGGCUGCUUGGGUCCGCCCGCCAACAGCUGGGGAAGGAAGGAAGGAAGGAGAGAAGGAAGGAAAGAAGGAAGGGAGGCAGGCUGCUCUCCCGAUGGCUGGGGCAUCCUCUGGGAGUGGGCGCCCGGCCUCCGCCCGGCUGUGAGCCCCCAACCCCCGCCGCCCGCCUCAUCCGCUCGGCUCUGCUCGGCUCUCCCCGCCCAGCCUCUCCCGGGGCCCCGGCCAUGCAAGCGCGGCGCCUGGCCAAGCGCUCCAGCCUCGGGAGCCGGCGCUUGACCAUCACCGCCUCCUCCGCCUCCGCGGCGGCGGCAUCAUCGAAGCCGGAGCCUUGCUGCUGGAGGCCGGCGCGGAGGGAAGGCGCCUCUGCGGCCGCCCUCGAGGAGGAAGAGGAGGAGGAGGACGCGGUGGUGGUGGUGGUGGACGCCCUCGAGGAGGAGGACGACGACGAGGGACACAAGGACAGCCUCAAGGCAACCAGCAUAAAGCGUGAAAUGACCUUCGCAGCAUUUCAGCAAGAAGACCUGAAAAGUGAUCUGAAUCAAAAACUAUCAGACCAACAUUUUUUUCUUCUGGCUAUGAAAGAAGAGGAUUCGAAAACAGCAGACACCAAAAAACCCAGCAGAGUCCAUGAGCAUGAAAAAGAAAGCACUCGUUCCAUCUGUCUUCUUGAACAGAAGCGCAAAGUUGUAUCUUCAAACAUUGAUGUGCCUCCUGCAAGAAAAUCUUCAGAAGAACUGGAUAUGGAUAAAGUCACGGCAGCUAUGGUACUAACCAGCUUAUCCACCAGCCCUUUGGUUCGCAGCCCUCCUGUCCGACCCAAUGAAUCCUUAAAUGGAUCUUGGAAAGAAGGAGGAUUUGUGCCUUCUAGUACCAGCAGCAGUGGGUAUUGGAGCUGGAGUGCUCCAAGCGACCAAUCAAAUCCAUCCACUCCGUCGCCACCUCUUUCAGCUGACAGCUUCAAACCAUUUCGGUUGCUCUCUCAAACAGAUGAUGGUAUUGAUGAGGCUGAAACCAGCAGCCUGCUCUUUGAUGAGCCCAUUCCUAGAAAAAGAAAGAACUCCAUGAAAGUUAUGUUUAAAUGCCUUUGGAAAAACUGUGGAAAGGUACUAAGUACAGCUGUUGGUAUACAAAAACAUAUCCGGACCAUUCACCUUGGACGUGUGGGAGAAUCUGACUACAGUGAUGGAGAGGAAGAUUUUUACUACACAGAAAUCCGUCUCAAUACUGACUCCGUAGCUGAUGGAUUAAGUAGUUUAUCUCCAGUCUCUCCAUCUCUGGCAUCUCCUCUUUCUUUCCCUUCCCAAGAUGCGAACAAAAAUGAGCUAUCAUGUGCCAAAACAGAUGCUAAAGGAAUAACACCUCUAAGCUGCUCCGCUCCUACCAACCUCUACCUCGUUCACUCUGACCACGCGUAUCAGGCCACAGCUCCUGUGAACAUCCCAGGGUCAACCAAGUUCACACCCAAUGGAAAUAGCUUUAGCAUCUCCUGGCAGUCACCCCCUGUUACCUUCACUGGCAUCCCAGUUUCGCCAACUCACACACGUCCUGCAGGAAGCGGAGAACAAAAGCAACAGAUUCAGACAGUGCUGUCAUCACCCCCAAGAGCAUCCGUUGGCCUCAGAAAACCUAGAGGAGAGGGCAAGAAAUGUCGCAAGGUAUAUGGGAUGGAGAACAGAGAUAUGUGGUGCACAGCUUGUCGCUGGAAGAAGGCAUGUCAGAGGUUCAUUGACUGAAGCACAGAUACGAUAUGGAAUGGCGUAUAACAUUAUUUUCUUGCUGCAGCUGCGCAGUGUGAUGUUUCCUUUAUCCUUGAGUGCUUGUUCCUACAGAAGGCUUGCACUUUAAAGCCAAUGGGCUAUAAACAAGGAGAAGGGCUCCUCGGAAAGCUACAUGCAGCAAUGUAGGAAAAACUGACAACACUGCAACUUUUUCAAAGUCCGAAUCAGGAGCAGCUAUAUGUACUUUUCUUUAAAAGAAGGGGGGAGACCCCCUUUUAAUACUAUAGGACAACUUGCUUGCCAGGACUACAUGUUUUUUCACACUGCAUCAUUGUCUGUGUUGUGAACUUUGGAAUCAGAAUAAGCAAAAAUCCUUUUUCUGAAAUGAUUUUUUUAAACUCGUACCUUGAAAAGGGGGUUUCUGUGCGAUACUUUACAAAUACAUAAGCUACAAUUUUUUCAAGAGCAGCUCUUAUAAAAAUGGUAAAUAAUUCAGAUUGUGAGCAGUCUUGAUGCAGAGUCUGAGACAUAUGAUGGGGAUAUGAGAAGAUUGCUUUGCUGGAAAAACAAGCAGCAUUGGAAGAGGAUUUAUAGAGUGGUCUCAUGCUUAAAUCUCAAGUCGAAACACCACUUUUGCUUCUACCCUUAAAAAAGGAACAUGGGGGGAAAUCACCAGCAAACCUAUCCUAAAAAUAACACAAUAUGUGGAAAACAAUUCUGAGUUUCAAUGAAGUUGGACUUAUGUAAGCAUAGGAACAUUCCUGGAAUUUAAGGAUAUUAGAAGCGAUUUGUACAUCUCAGUUCUAAAGGAUGAACAAGGACAACGGCAUGGACUCUAUAAGCAUUUAUUCAGGGAUGUGAUCCAACUCAGCAGCUUCCUUCUCAGCUUUGUGUGUUGUUAUCGGAUGAACAGUUCACUUUAAAAAACAAAGCAUUAUUUCUGGGAGGUGUGAUGGUAGGGAUGACUACACAAAGUAAGUAGCUGCCCACUCCAGCUUCUCAAUAAGUAAGAUACAAGUGCAGCAAGGUGGAUGUAUCUAUCUAUGUCAAAAGCCCAUUGAUUACAAAGUUGUUUCUAGGUGAGAAAUAAAGGCCUUCAGACUGGCUUGCACUUUGAUAGGUUUCCGUGCUUUAGUGUAAUUUAGGAUUGGAUGGGGUUGGGGGAUGAGAAGGCGCAGAUUAUUUCAGAGUGAUUAAGUAUUUGCGUUAAUGCUUGAAAAUAUGUGGAAAUUUUCAAUACAGGUGUACUGGAAAGAAGAUUUGCAUAGGCCCAGUUAAAAAGAUGGGAUUAGCGCAGGCGUAUUACAGUAUAUUAUUAUCAGUGGAGCUUGUGCUCAAGGAAGUCCUGGUGGAUCCUGCAAUAUCAACUCCAGUGAGAUAAAAGUGGUAUCCCAAGUUGGGAAAACAAGAGCAAGAACGGGAGCAUAUGCAGAUGCUUAGUCUAAGUGUACAGUGAGAAGUCAUAGUCCAGAUUUAUUUUUUGACUUAAAAGGACAAGUGAUAAACAAUCUCUCUCAAUAGACUAUGGGCAAGAAGAGAUGGGGGAAAGCACAAAUUUUGAUUAGAAUGCAGAAUCUGUAGUGGGGGCUGAUCCAUAUGUCAAUAGUAGUAGCUACUAAAGGAUCAUUUUUCAGAAUAUGUGAGUUUGAAACCCCAUACGUUGCUUUGGUAUGGUUCUCUUUGAUCUAGUCACACUUAACAAAUACACAUCCUGUUUUCUCUUUAAAAACUACAUUGAAAACAAAUCAAGAGUUUAAAUACUUUGUCUCCCUGGAGACUGGGCAGCAAAAUCACAAAAGGCAUGAACUUAAUACAUGCCUCUUAUGGCUUGCUCACUUUCCAGCCUAACUGCUACAAUUAAGAAAGAGUAAGAUUCAUGAAAAGACAAGAUUUAUAUUGUACUGGAAGCUUGACAUGACCAGGAAGCAAAUUGCUGAUUCAAGAAAUGUGUAACUCAGGGAGCAUUCACACCUUGUGUUCCAGCUUGGUUUGCAGUUUUGUUUCUGUGUUGCAGUAUCUUUCUAGAUAUUGACAAUAAUCUAUUAGGCAUUCACAAACUUCUAUAUUGAGUUACUGAAAAAGAAAGAUGAACAUUAAUCCUAUCUUAAUGUUCACAAUAAUUACAGGAGGAAAGAUAAAAUAAAAUAACUUGGUGACUUUGGAAUGACUAGAUAGACCAGUUGUGUUACUAUAAAGCAAAUUUAAUGCAUUUGAAAUAACAAAACUUUUUUCUUGUAUACAGCCUGGUAAACUUCUUUUCUUGUAUAAAUCCUUCUAUUGAGAAUGACGUAAGAUGCUAGGACAUGCUACCUAGUUGCAUCCACUACAAAUUGGAGUAACUAUACAAACCUUGUCUGUCCGUGGUCUGCUUACUGUGACAUUAAGUCCCAUUAUUCUAGGUUGUUUUCCUUCUGAUAAGCUGAGGUCAUAAGUAGAAUUACUCCCAUUAUCCAAGUGAACUGUUAGGACAACACAGAAUCUAGAAAUGUUAGGAUAGAUGAGAAAAAUCUCUUGACAAGAGAGCAUUUCUUGAAAAUACAUAGUGAGCCAGAAAUUUGCAACUGACUUGUAUAUUUGGUUGCAUGUAUUUGGUAGGACUGCAAAUUUAUUUUGAAGACUUAUAAUCGUUUGUAGAUAUGUUCCUCCUGCAACUUUUGUUCUGAUGUUGGUGUUUUGAAUACAGAACUCAAAGCUGAAAUCUGUCCUUGACAAAUUUUGAUCACUGGACUUCAAACUCACAAAAGUUGAAAGUCGGUGUUUAAUAUUUGAUCAUGUAUUGUAUCAUACAUGUUUGAACUAAAUCUUGCACUCAUGAGGGCUAGAAACUUUUUUUAAAAAUGAAACAUAAUCCCAGAACAGUGCCUGCCUGCCAAAUAUUGCCCGUCUUGUCUUUGUGUGAUGUUGUUUGUAGAAAAAUAAUGGGCAGCAUCAAGUACUUUGUUUCUCUGCCAAGUUUUUUCAAUGUAUUUUCUAUUGUGCGAGUGUUCAUGUUGUGACACUAAGGCACCUUUACAGCACUCAUUGAAUUUCUGUUGACUGUUGUUAGUUAGACCCAGCUGUCCUAAGGCAGGAUUUGGUUGUUUACUCAUAGACUGAAAUGGUUUUCAAGUGGUUCUCUGGGAUCUGUGAUAUGAAAAGAAGAACACAGUUAACAAUGGGACUGCUGGAAAUUGCUUUGUUGUACAUAGUAACCGCUUGUUCUAAAAUUGCUUACAACCUAAUUGUCUUUUUAUUAUUAAAAAAUAACUGUUGUAGAAUUUUAGUAGGGUUUUGAAAUGCAGGAAAACCACAGAAAGUAGGUCAUUAGCUGGAAUUGUAAGUAAGCCAGCUUGACAGUUAAGAUAAAUACUCAACUAAAUCACGAGUGGCUGCAGUGAACAAUUCAUAGGUGUGUUUUUAAUGAUAGGUUUUACAGUAUCUGUUCUGAAAUGAUCUUCACUGGAUAUUCUCUAACAGUCUCACAUUUUUCAGAUUUUAGCUCUGCACCAGCCCCAUUUUUUAUUUUUUUACAUUUUAGCUCUUUACCUGCACCAUUACCCACUAUUUCUUGUUCUGUGGACAAUUAUCUAGUUAUUAUUUUAAUACAGACACACAAAGCAGAUUUAGGGUGAGGACAAGGAAUGUUGCCUCUACAUUAAUUGCCAAGAAUAGAGGUGCACUUCCCAUCUGGUCAGAAUAUUCAAUUUAAUGUGGCUCUCAGCUGUUUUAGACGUAGCUGUAUUUUGAAAGAUCUCCAAAUCACCUCUCAAGGAUGAAAAUCCCUUUCUGACUGAGAUCUAAAUUCUAUUUUAGUCAACAUUUUCAGCAUUGGAUGGAGCCUACACCAAAAGAAUGUAAAGCAAAAUACCACCAUAUUUUAUCUUAGGGAGAGACUAUUUAAUUCUUAGGGAGGUAUUUCAGCCUUAGAGAAUGUGGAUUGGGGGAGACAAUGUAAAACAGGCUGAGAACUCCCCAGAUGACUUCAUAAUGGAAAACCUGAGAGAACCCAAUUGGAUCUGGAUUUCCAGAGAAAUUAAGGUGCCCCAGUCUUGAAUGCUUUAUGUUAGUAAUCUUAAAAUGAUUACUAACAUUAAAAGGGUAUUUUGGUUAUAUCUGCAGAAACAUCUUUAAAUCUCUCAUGCCAUAUCCAUAGGUUUAUUUGUAAUGUGCUAAAAUAGGGGUGGGGAAUGUAUGGCCCAGUGCAAAGCCCCAGAACACUUCAGAAAUGUUUUUGUGUAAAGUGCCCUCCCCCAAUAUUACUAACACAGAGACAUUUUAGACCCAGGACAAGUUUAAUUCCAUCAGAGUUGCUCACAGUUUGUUAUUCAAUACAGGAAAGGCAUAUUUUUCUGUUUGGAAAUUAAGAUACAAAUCUUAGCUCAAAGAGCCAUUUCCAGAUCUGGUUGAGAUGAAGUGAUUAAUGCUUCUCACUUACUUAGGGAGAACAGAAUAAGGGGCAUGCAAUCUAGCCUACUUCUUUCUGGCCAAAAGUUAGAUUCAGAGUGAACUGGAGGGUGAUCCUUGGCAUUAUGACUAGCCUGGAGACUAACCAAAGAAAUACAUAAACACCUCCCCUCUGCAGGAAACUAUCUGCAGGUUGCAGCAACAAAUCAAUCAAUCCUUGUAAAUUAUAAUAAGAUUCUACUCUUCUAGAUGACCUGGAAAUUUAAACAUAUCCUUUUUCUCUUGUCCAAAAUGGAGUCUACCAGAACUGGAGAAGUUUUCCAUCCUUGUCUCCCAGUGGGAGAUGGCCCAUAAAAGUAAGAAACUCGGCAACCUUAAGUGAUUCAGUAAUCAAAGAGGUUAUAUGCUUAACACCUUGCUUCCAAAACAUAAUUCCAAGUUUCACUGGAUAUAAUGUUAUUUUGAAGAUCAAAAAGCAAGAUUUCUUCUUUAGGGAUCUGAUCUAAAGUCUAUUGAGCUCGGUGUUCUGCUUUCAACAGUGACUGCCAGAUUGCAUUGGAAACUUCACAAACCAUCCAUGACAGUGAAAUGACUUCUUUUUGUCUCCCAGCUUUUUGUGGCUCAGAGAUCUGCAUUUAUUAUGACAAUAACAUUAGCUGUUGUUUGAAUACCAGUUGAAUAACUUUGCCUGCUUAUUUUGUUGUUUUCAUAUGUUAAUUGUGGAUAUUAUGUAGACAAAUUAUAAGUAGUUUCCAACAGGCUGUGGAAAUGGCCCAUCUUCCUGUACACAGUGUAAAUAUACUCCAGAGCACACACACCCCUAGCUGCCCAGAAGAGAUUAGGGAGAACUAUAGUUGUGUCCAUAUCAAUGGCAGUCAGAUACAACUGUGUUCCUCCUUUUCCUGAUGAUGGAGUGGGAAAGAUUAAAAAGGAGAAAUAUAGUUUUGUUUUGAAAGAGAAAUUUGAAUGCAGAGAGAUGUAGGAUUGGAUCCAGAUGUAAUCUGCAGUUGUUGGCGUCUUUGUGGCCAGAGAUAUUUAGUGCAAUUGUAAAAUUUUGUACAGACAGAAAAAUUGCUUCCUUGCUAUUAUUUAAACUGGACAAUGAAUUCAUGUUAAUCUAGUACAGUUGUUCUCAACCUAGGGUCCCCAGAUGUUUCUGGCCUACAACUCCCAGAAAUCCCAGCCAGUUUACCAGCUGUUUGGAUUUCUGGUAGUUGAAAGCCAAAAACAUCUGGAGAACUCAGGUUGAGAACCACUGAUCUAGUACAUUCUAGGAUUUGAAUGUCAAUGUCACCUAAUUUCCUUACUUACUUACUAUGGAUAGCAGAUUUGGCAAAACACAAAAUACAACGGGAGAGAGCAGGGCAGAUGAAAAUGCUGUCUGCUAACCUUCGAGUUGAUUCUCCAUGAUCUAUAGUCAGAUGAACAGCUAGCUUUAAAGUGAGCAUUUUGUUAAAUGUGCAUUUUCAGAGUUUUCUUUGUAUUAUGGCACAUACGGCCAAUAAGCAUUAGAGUGUGCUCAAGAUAUUGAAAGUUAGUAAUAAGGAAGAACACUCAAGUUGGACGAGAUCUACUGGAAAGACACCUCAGCUCUCCUCUACUAUAAGCUACUUUUACACUGAAUAAUUUUGCAGCAAUUGAAAAAAACUGAGGACAAGGGGAAAGGUGGGAGGUACAGAGAGAAACCUGGACACUUUAAAUUCAGGUGAAAAAGUGGCACAAGAGAGCCUUAGCUGGGACUAUCUGUGCCAAAUCCGGACAGUUGGAGGGUAUGCAACACAGAAUCGCCAGCAAAAGAGAAAUAAUUUAGUGGCAGACCAGCAAAUAAGCAGAUUCUUAGAGAAUGUUUUGAGUCUUACUGUUCUUUAUGAUUGUCUAGAACCUGGUUCAGCUUCAUAUUUAGCUGUACUUGGUUAUAUUUAGGAAUUACGAUGCCCAGUGAGCACUGAGUUGCUACAUAAUGAGAAUAUUAAAAUGUGAGAGGUUGUGUUUCUAUUUCUGUGUACAAGAUAUUUGCACUGAAUGAUAACCUGAAUAUUUUUUCCAAUAUGAAACUCUGUAUUGUAGGUGCAGAAUGCUGUUUCUCCCAGUAUUCAGUCUAAAAGAACGUCAUUACAAGUUUUUUCAAGAAAUAGCCAGCUAAAUUGGCUUCUUAAAUAAAAUAUUUUGAAACUAAAUUUAGAUAAUUAGAUAUUUCACCUGUGAUUCAUAGUGGUUUUAGUGUUUUACAAUAUACAGUAGUAGUAGUUGAGCGGAAAAUGACAACAGCCUUACUGAAUAGUGCAAUAUUGCUUUUUUACUCAACAAAAGGUGAACUUGUUGUAGAAAAAGCAUAUAAACCACUGUGAAUAUUUUUGCAGGAUGUUUCCAGGUCUGCAAAGGCACAACUGGAACUUUUUUUCACAAGUUUGCCAAUUAUUUCAAGCUAAAUCCAGUUGUUAGUCCCAACUAAAGCUGCAUCAUUAUACACUUAGCAAGUCAACACUUCUGCAAGUUCUGUUGAUCCACUAGGUCGACUUGGAACUAGCAGUUGUAUUUUGGCCUUCAAAAGGAAGCUAAUUGGUUUCUCUCCAAUGAUUUGAGGCUUCCUUGCAAAUAUAUUUUCUCUCUCUAAUUUAGAAUGCAAUUUUAAAAAUCCUUCACAGAUAGUUUUUUUAAUUAAAAAAAUAUAUAUUUAUGGCUAUGAUAUUAUCAAUUUGAAAAUCAGUUCAGCACAUGACCCUAUGUCACCAGAGCAAAAAGAUAGUUAAAUCUGAAUCGUAUUUAGUCAUUUAAUCCUGGAAGAUGAUUUUCCUGUGUCAUAAGUUGGUCCUUGUCCUAUUCAGGCAUCAAACAACCCAAAAUGUGACAGUUGCCUAAUAUUGUUUCUAUUUGUUUCCAAACAUGUAUCAGAGAUUAUCCUACAGUCUAUUAUUUAAUAACUAGACUGAAUGUUUUUCAGGCAGCCUACCGAAUGUACUUUGGUUUUCUUGUGUUUUUCAAAGGGGAAAAACAUGUUGCUCAAAUACCCCAAAUGCCAAAGAAUAAAGAUUUAAGGAUCUUAUUAUUUGCUAUUUUUCUAAGGUAAUUCUUUUGGUUUUCAUUUGGAGGGAGGUUGAUGUACAGACAAAAAGGAAAGCAAUAGAUUUGACCGCUUGUGAAUGGUUUGAGCCUGUAUGGUCCUGAAUUAGCCUAAGAAGGGAUCCAAUGACAAACAGAUCACUAAAAUGCUUUGAUGGUUUCAUUCCCAAACUACCGUGUUUCCCCGAAAAUAAGACAGUGUCUUAUAUUAAUUUUUGCUCCCAAAGAUGCUCUAGGUCUUAUUUUCAGGGGAUGUCUUAUUUUUCCAUGAAGAAGAAUUCACAUUUAUUGUUGAACAAAAAAUGAACAUUUAUUAUAUACUGGACAGUAGUUGUCAUUACAAACCAGCAUAACCAGACAAACUGUGAAUCCUAUCAAGAAUUUCUUGUUACUACCAAUAUUUCCAUGUACAACACUCUAUGGUGCGUACAUUUACCGAUCCUGCAUGCUCUGGUGUUCUGUUCGGCAGGCAUGCUUCCAAACAAAAACUUUGCUAGGUCUUACUUUUGAGGGAGGCCUUAUAUUUAGCAAUUCAGCAAAACCUCUACUAGGUCUUAUUUUCUGGGGCUGUCUUAUUUUAGGGGAAACAGGGUAAGUUGCUCAAGUUCCCAAUAAGAAUGUCCUAUCGAUAUGUAACCUAUCAAAAUGUCUUGUGUUCUGCUGUUAUGCAGAUUUCUUGUGGCGCUUAAGCACUUUCCAUUUAUACACCCAGAGACUUGGGAUCAAUUGUGAGAUUAGAGUGCUUUGUGAUUAUUAAGUUAUAUUUAUAACACAAAAUUUUUCAAAGGUCUGUUUCUGGUGGAGACAGAUAUUAGAGGCCAAUAUGGCUACAUUGGAGCCCCUCGUGGCGCAGUGGAUUAAACAGCUGAGCUGCGGAACUUGCUGACCAAAAGGUCGGCAGUUCGAAUCUGGGGAGCGGGGUGAGCUCCCACUGUUAGCCUCAGCUUCUGCCAACCUAGCAGUUCGAAAACAUGCAAAUGUGAGUAGAUGAAUAGGUACCACUCUGGCAGGAAGAUAACGGCGCUCCAUGCAGUCAUGCCAGUAACAUAACCUUGGAGAUGUCUAUGGGCAUCGCUGGUACUUCAGCUUAGAAAUGGAAAUGGGCACCAACCCCCAGAGUCAGACAUGACUAGACUUAAUGUCAGGGGAAAACCUUUACCUUUACCUUAUGGCUACAUUGGCUUUGUGGAUUAAAAUGCACUCACAAAAAUCCAGAGUAGUACUGUGUCAUUUGCUUGAUUAUGGUCCCACACAAAUGCAACACUGAUAUUAAUAGAAAGUGUACAGUACUGUCCUCCUACACAUCUUUUAUUAUGUCAGUAUAUUCAGCUUACCCCUGUUUAUUUUUAUUAUUCUAUGCUGUGGUGUGACAUUAAGCAAGAACCUAAAAUAAAUGCAUUGGGUUAUCUCAGUUUAUCUUGUUCAAAUUUGUUAAUCCCAGCAAUACCUGUAGUUCAACAGCACAGAAACAGUAAAAUAAGUGGGCCUUUCUCUUUUAUUAUCAAUAGCAUAAUGACAAUGCUACAUGAAAUUAUUUCACUUCCAUAUCUGUGGCAGUUAUGAGAGGAAACAAAAACUAAAAAUAUAUAAUGAUAAGGAUUUCCCUAUAUCCAAAAUGUGAAGCCAUUUUACUACUACAGUUCAUAAUGGAUAGUCACUUUUGUCAAAACUUUUUAAAAUAGAAAUAAUGUACAUCUAUCUGAGGCUAGUAUCAUAUCUCCAAUCCUAAUGCCUAUCUGGGUUUGUUCAAUUAAAAUGGGUUAGAUUGUUUUCCAUAUAACUAUGGUUUAGUGUUGUAUGCCAUUCUGUCAUUUGCUAAGAAGAGUAAUUAGUCUUUGAAUUAAUAUCAGCAAGACCAACCAUAGACAUUAGCUGCAAAGUUUCUAAAUUCAUGAAGCUGAGAGUCUGAGCUUCGAGAUGUAAUAGAUUUCAGGAUUUUUAUCCUAUCAAGAUUUCCCUCUAAAUAGUGUCAAUUAGUAACAGUCUGAAUCCUAGCCCAACUUCAGUAUAUCCACUGAAUCCUGUUGAAUACUAAAUCAACAUUAAGAUAAGUCUGACUAAUUUGAUGGGUCUACUCUAGUUGAAACUGAAUAGGAUUCAGAUCAUGAACAGAUUAUGAUGAUCUUAGCUUUCAGCAACUAUAGUGACACGGACCUUGCAUGAACUUAAAUUGUCAGCUAUGAAAACAAUGAUGUAGGAAGCCAACAGCAUGAUAGUUAUACAGAAUCCACAUCACUAAAGUCAGAGUUGCUUAAUGAUGUAAGAGUAAUAUUACAAUAGUUCUGUUACAAUGUAUUCCAAUCAUUGUAAUUGUUUAUGAAGCCAAAAACAAAGAAAACGCAUGUGUUCUUUGUCCCCCAAACUUUAAUUUCAGAACAGAGAUCCUGACUAGUUUUUAAAGAGUUCUUCAUUAUAUUCAACACUGAGAGCUCUAGUUUUAUGUCAGUAAACUACUCUGAAUAUUCAGCCAAGACAAUCUGUGCAGUGAGUCCACUGUGUUCUUGCAAAUUCAGUUCUGAAGCCACUAUAGAUAAAAAAUGUGGACAAUCAAAGCCCAUAUUAUUAAAUGGUGGAGACAUGAACACACUUAUGUCAACAUGUCUCAUUCACGCCGUGACCAUUUAUUAAUAUGGUGCACAAUGAUUCACAGUUGCUGGAAACUGCUGAUCUUGAGCUCACUGAAUUGAGUUCAACAUGUUUUUGACAGACAUGGUAGAAAGAUGACAAAGACAUAUAAUGAACUUCUGGCAUGACCAGCUCAGCACCUGCAUUUUACUGAAAUAAAAUAUCUUGUAAAUACUUUAGCCUAGGAGAGAAAAACUACAUUGCUGUCUAAAAGUUAAGAUACCCAGGUUGUAUUCUAUGUAACAAACUUAGUCUGGCACACUUUUAUAGUUUUCAAGCAAAUUUCUAUUAAACUAAACAAAAGUGUAGAUUUUCUACAUCUCCAAAAUGUAUUUAGAAAAUUUUCUGGAGGAAAAUAUAUUUAAUAAAAAUGGUUUUAUAUGUGCAGAGUAAAUGAGAAUUUUAACUUCUGAAUGUCAGGGCUAAUUCUAUUUCUUGUACGUCUUUCUGCAUCCUGCUCAACUCACUUUACAGUUUAUAGAAACUAUGAAUACAUAGUCAUAGUUUUGACAGUAUAACCUUGGUAUAUGUUUUAAUAGUAUGUUUCUGUCAGAUUCAUGUCUUUGCAGAACAGUUAUGUGAAAUAUCCUUUCCUUACCCUCCCUGUCAAGACUGGAUUUUUGAGAUAAAUGAGUAGCAAAUGUUGAGGUACAAAUAAGCUUUAUUUGUUUUGGAGAAAAGGUUAAGUUCAAAAGUGUACACAAAAUGUAUGUUAUCAGGCAAAUCUGAUAGAUUCAAAAGCACGAGUAUAUACUGUGCAGUAAGACCUCAGCCUUAGACACCAAGCUGAUGUAUUGAGUUUGCCUUUAUAGGGAUUAUUUGUAGAAUUCGAUAAAACCCCAGUAUACCAACACUAGAAAGAAGGAGGGUUCACAGACGCUCAGUAUGAAUCCUCUAUAAUUGGUUUGUGGAUUUUCUAUUGUAUUUGAUCUUGAAGAUAGUUCUGAUAUGAAAAGUGCUUAGGUUGUUUCAAGGAGCUAGACCAAGAUGGAAAGUCUAGCCAAUAUUUUCCAGUUACUGCUAAUGCAGUUAUUUCAAAAUCAACUUCUCCCAAUAUAUAUGUCUCCUCCCUGAGCAGUCUUUGGAUUUUAGUGAACAAAUGUAAGAAUCUGCAACUUUUUAAACUAUGCAUUUUUAUUUUUAAAUGCAUUUACAUUGACUCAAAAUCUUCCUAGAUAUGUGCAAUUGUUAAAUAUUGUCCACCUUGAAUUAUCCAAACUUACAUUGCUAGUGUGUCUGGAAUUCAUCUAGAUAUUAAAUAUUAAAGUAUAAAAGUAUUCUUCAACCUAAAGCUUUUAGAAAUACAAUAGGCACAAUCUGAUCUAAAUAAUGUGCUUUAAAUCUCACUGAUUUUGAUAUGGAGGAUUUAUGUGAUGGGGAGAUCCACGAGCUAUGCCAUCACUUCCAUUGCUCUACCACUUCACAGCUCCCAGACCAGGAGAUGGAAGGGUAGCUUUUACUCCUUUCUUCCCAUUGACUAUAGUGGGUAAGAUGGCAUGCACAUUGUUGGUUCUAGAAUGGGAUAACAUUAGACUGUUUUUAGGUAUUGGAGAAAGCAACCAUAGCUUUGAACCUGGUAGAGCCAUGCUGGCUUCCCAACAUACUUUGGCCAGAAUCCUACCAAUGAUAUAUGCUCAUGUAACCUGGGUUUUGCAAAUAUCCUUUGGGGAUGUUACAAAAGAAGGUAUUCAAUAAGUCCUCGAGCAACAUAGCCACCAGAAGUUGACUUCAAAGAGCAGGAACAUGGUUCCCUUAGCAGGGGAGAACAGGAGAUACCCAGGCAGUAUCUGGCAUCACUCCCUUCCUUUGUAGAUGCCUUCUGGAAAUAGGUAGAAAGGGCUACACACAACUGUGUGGGUAGAGCCUUCCAUUACACCUGUGCAAUGUAGCAUUGUAUAUCUAGUUUAUCUUUACAUGGUUAAUGGAAACCCAUUGGCAGAAAACCUAAAUCAGGAGUAUUUUUCAGCCAUAUCUUGAGUUAUUUCAGAAACAGGUCUUACUCCACCAACAAAGAAGCACUUCCACUUGCUCUCUCAAAUGUGUACAUAAAAUAUUCAUGUUUAAGAAUUAUUUGGACUUAAGAACAUUUACUUUUGGUUAAAUUGUAGUACCCUGAACUAUAGGCUGCUGAAGGCCAGGACAACUGAAAGGCUGUCCAAACUAUGGGAGAAUAACAAUGCUUUCUAUGUGUAGAUGACUUGGGUUAAGUUGUAGAUUGAUUAAAUGUUUUUCAAAUUCUGUAAACGGUGUUCCUGCAACCACCACCAAAAAUAAUCAGUUCAGAGGUGUGUAAGGUGUUAAUGCGCUUAUAAGGUGCAAUUCUAAGAAUAUGGAAAAUAGAACAAAUAAGAUUUCUUGAUACCAUUAUUCCAAGUACAGUAGAGUCUCACUUAUCCAAGCUAAACGGGCCAGCAGAAGCUUCGAUAAGCGAAUAUCUUGGAUAAUAAGGAGGGAUUAAGGAAAAGCCUAUUAAACAUCAAAUUAGGUUAUGAUUUUACAAAUUAAGCACCAAAACCUCAUGUUACACAACAAAUUUGACAGAAAAAGUCAUUCAAUAUGCAGUAAUGUUAUGUUGUAAUUACUGUAUUUACGAAUUUAGCAGCAAAAUAUCACAAUAUAUUGAAAACAUUGACUAUAAAAAUGGCUUGGAUUAUCCAGAGGCUUGGAUAAGCGAGGCUUGGAUUAGUGAGACUUUACUGUAGUAUAAAUACUUUACUGAAAUGUAUUAUAGUCCUGCCACAAAACUCUGGUAUUUGCAUGUUAAUCCAAUACUGUGUGUAUGAAAACAAAUACAUUUUGAAAAAAAAAAAUAGUCUCUGUGUAAUACGGGAAGAAAUGUCUUUUCUGGUCUAUUGUGAGUCCCCUUCUACAACUUGCUGUACUUGGGGAUCUGUUCCGUUUUAGAGGAACCUGCAUUCAACUGUGUCAUUGAAGGGCUGGCUUGCAUCCAAUAUUGCACUAACAGAUACCCCUCCAUCAUGUUGGAACUUCUUUCUCCUUCCCAGUGCAGUCCUCCUGCUCACUGAAAAUCAUCUCCAUUGUUUCUCCAACAGCUAGGGGUAGUUUUGGAGAUAGACAGAAUGGCAGAUGGACUGCGGGGUGAGAAAAUUCCUUCCAAUUCCACUUACAAAACAGUUCUUUCAGAACUACCUACUGCAUCCUGGCCAUAACCACAUCAAUGCAACAUAAGAGGGCUCCUUCAUUAUUCCGAUACAGUAGUUCAUCCAUGUGUGCUAUGGUCGUGAUUUCUAGGUUGGGCUCAAACAAGCCUACCUUGAAACAGAUUGGAAGUUCAUUCACUAGAACUAAACACAAAUUUGCCUAGGGAAUAACUGCAGCCUACCUCGAGCUUGACACAGGGGCAAAAGCCAAGAACCCUAGGUGAAUGCUGCAAAAAAUAUACAUACUGACAUGUUUCAAAGCCUGUAAAGACUGUGUUGCGAUCUCUGGGGUUUUGCUUUCAUUGCAAUCAGUGGGAUUCUCUCCGAAGAGAGCAAGUCAACCUUGUCUUUAAGGAGCGUUUCUUUUAUUGUCUGUUUAAUAUGGUAAAUUUCACUUUAUAAAUAUUUGAAAGAGCUUCCAAUUUUGGCACUAAUGGAAAUACUGGAUACUUUUAAUAUAUAUUUAGAUGGUUAUUUGAAACAAAACAUUGCUGUCUUUUUAUAUAAUUUUUAGCCAAAUACAAAUAUUCUGAUUUCUACUUCUGUGGAUUCCUGUCAGACUGUAAAUGCAAAAAUAAAACUAGUUCAGGUUACAAAACCCCAAGGGGGUAAGAAUUGACUGUUCGAAGUGCUUCGCUAGCUUUUGGUAUAUUGACAGUUUGUGUGUAUAUAUGAUGUAUAUUAAAGUUAUACAUAUAUAAAUAUAAAUAGUCCAUAUGGUUAAAUGUCUAGUGUUUUUAUUGGCAAUCUCUAUGGAAAUAAAAUGUGUUUUGUAUUGCUUUAUGAAUUAAUUACAAAGCCUUUAUGUGAUGAUUGAAGUGUUUUAUAACUAUUUUACACCCAGAAACUGUUAGUUCUAAUCCAAUGGGAAUCACAAGAUUGGUUUCAGAAGCAGAAUUUGAGUUUUUGAACUGAUCAUAAUGGAUGGCAGCAGGUAAAAUGCACUUUCUUGUGGCAUGCAGUGUAAUUGCUUUGAAGAAGAAAAAAAGACCAAAAUGUGUUUACAUCUUCGUUAGUGUUCCCCUUCCCUCUUCCUAAUAGUUGCAAAUAUCAGAAUUUUGCUUUUUCUUUGUGGGUGAGGAAAAAGCAAACAAAUCCUUAAGAAGUUACUGGAGUAAGGUGAAUCAAGGGUGGAUUGUUAGGAGUAGAUUAGUCCAUUUGUAAAAAUCCAUUUUAGUGAUAAGUGGGCGCUACUUCGUGAUGUUUGGAUGUGACAAAUAUGCUGUUGCUUAUCUAGUCUUAAUAACAUUGGUUAUCUGUAUUCUACUCUUAAUGGCUAUUCCAUUAGUUGCACUUGCUUGAACUUCGUGGAAAGACCACCUUGCAAAACUAUUCAGACUGUUAUGUCCACAAACACAACUUAAAUGCACUUACAAUGAUUUGCUACCAUGGAGUGUGUUGAACUAUUUCAUGUAAUAAAAGCCUUUGUGUAAAA